AUGAAGAUCUCCGCCGCUCUCACCUUCCUCGUCACCGCCGCCUCUUUUGGUAACUCUUUGGCCUUUGCCCCUGCUUCUCCUGGUGUCAAGAACACCAAGCAACAGACAUCGUUGGCUUCCACCCUUCCUCCCAGCAGUGAAUGGAAAGGAUAUUACACCAACUACGCCGAUACACAAGUCGUCUUGACUGGAGCCGAUCGAAACUUUGAUCCAUUGGGCUUCUCCGACAACAAUGCGGGACUCUUCUUUAUGCGCGAAGCCGAAAUCAAGCACUGCCGUUUGGCCAUGCUCGCUGCUGCCAGUUGGCCCGUGGCGGAACUUUUGGACCGCCCCAUUGCCAAUCUCAUUGGUCAGCCAGCCAUUGUCGAUGCCAGCGACAGAAACCCAAGUGUCUUGAAUGGAGGACUUGAAAAGAUCAGUCCUUUGUACUGGGCUACCGUUUUGGUUGCUGCUGCUGCCAUUGAUUUGUACCAAAUCAACACGGCAAACGCCAACCCUGAUACCUACACUCCAGGUAAUUUGGGUUUUGAUCCUCUCGGUCUUUACCCCAAGGAUGAGGCCGGUCAAAAGAACAUGAUGGCCAAGGAAUUGCGUAAUGGACGCUUGGCCAUGAUUUCGGUUGCCGCAUUUGCAGCACAAGAAUAUGUUGCCAAUGUCGGCAUUGUCGACCAAACGCCACUCUAA